GGAACUCUCUGUGGUCCUCAGGCGCCGACACCCUGGCUUCAGCAAGAUGUGGCACCUCAAGCUGUUGGCGGUGCUCAUGAUCUGCCUGCUGCUCGUGGGCCAGAUGGGGGGCUCCCCAGUACCAGAGCUGAGCUUGGCAAAGAGGCGGCUGCCGAGGAUGACCCCGUUUUGGAGAGGGGUCUCCCUGAGGCCCAUUGGAGCCUCGUGUCGGGAUAGUGCCGAGUGCAUCACCAGGCUGUGCAGGUGA